CAUUGACAUUUGACAGUUAAGAUUUUAAGCCCGAGGUUGAAAAUACCAAAAUACAAAUUAUAAUUUUUCUCUUUUAGUGUUUAUUUGAAUAAAACCGCUUAAAUUUACUAUUCCAUAACUUUAUAAUGAAUAGUAUUAGAUAUAAACUAAGCGGUGUUACUUGUAGUGUACUGCAAGCGGCAAAUUUUCGUCCGGCGUACAUACAAUGUCGACUCUAUUCUGGACCCACAAGUUUUCCCGACUUCUUCAAAAAUCCAAUAUUCAGGAAGGAAGAGCAAGCGAAACUGAUAGAGAUUAAUGAGCUAAGCAAAUUAGCCAUUUCCCCUGUGAAGCCGCCUGGAGUUAGUGAGACUUCUUCUGUGUACUAUGAUCCACUCGUAAAUAAACUUAUCAACCAUGUAAUGAAAAUGGGCAAGAAACAGCUAGCACGUGAAUUAGUUGAGAAGGCAUUUGAAAAUGUCAAAAGAAUACAAAUAGAGAGAUAUCAUUUGGCAUCUUCUGCAGAAGCAAAGGCGAAAAUUAUACUUAAUCCUAAGGACAUAUUACAUCAAGCAAUUGAAAAUUGUAGACCUUUACUUCAACUUUUACCUAUUAAAAGAGGUGGCAUUGUAUACCAGGUACCUGCACCGAUAACUGAAAAAAGAUCACUAUUUUUAGCCAUAAAGUGGCUUUUAGAUGCUACUAAUGAUAAGGAAAGGACUAUACAUUUUCCCCAGCAGUUUGCUUGGGAACUCCUCGAUGCUGCAAACAACACAGGAAAAGUUGUGAAGAGAAAACAAGACCUUCACAGACAGUGUGAAGCAAACAGAGCAUAUGCCCAUUAUAGGUGGCAGUAGUUACUUUGAUAAGUGUAAAUAAGUGUAUUAAGAAAUAAUUGUUAAUUUUAGUUUUAGAAUUAUAUAAGCAAUCUCCGGUUUGCUUUCACUUUUAUUUAUAAAACAAGCAUU